UUUUGCAUUAAGGGGACGAAAUUUUAUGAAAUCCACGGCCACGCUGUUCAUUAAUCAAUAAACUAUGUCGCUUUUACGUCGAACGAAAAGCUGAAAAUAUCUCUAUAAAUUACCUGUAUUAUAUAAAAUAGCAAUAUAUGGACAUGUACACAAUUUGUGGAAAAUAAAAAUAAUCAAGCUACAAUUUAAAUCUAUUUUAAGCAUAACUUGUAUGUGACCUCAGGCAGUACAUCAUGUAUACUGUAGUGCAUACCUGGAUUUGCUUUACUAUUUAACGUAGAUGGAAGAUUAAGUGUUAAUGAUCAUUAAAGUGCUAAAAUGUCAACAUUAAGCAACGAGGAAAUCGCUUAUGCGCCUGUAAUAAACAGAGAUAGUGUAACGAACACGAAACGUGGAACCAUGAAUCGUCUUCAAUUAGCUUUGUGUAUUGUUUUGGUUAUAAAUAUUUUCAUACAAUUCAUUGCAAUUGUUACACCUGGAUGGAGUAUUUUAACGACAAAUACUGUAUCUGCAUAUGGAUCGGUAUUCUACGCGACCGCGUGUGUACGAUUUGUGAAAGCAAACGAGUCUGAUUGGGAAUGUAAAACUAUGUCAUUCCAUGAUACAUUUCAUCAGGACUACAGCAACGCUAAAGAUGAACGGAAACCAGCUCUAGUUCGAGCUUUCAACUACGUUGUCAGAUACCAGAUGAAUAUACAGAUUGCAUGGCUUCUGAUAGUGGGAACAAUGAUUUUUCAAUUCUUCAAACUUACCAGACCAAAGGAAAACUUUCCAAGAGUAACAAUUAUCAACGUUGUUGUGCUUGCAUGUGUGUGUUCUUUGAUGUACCAGGUUUUAUUCAAAAACUUUGUGGAAAUAGAUUUCAGCAGGAGAACUUCAGAAUUCAUCACUGCAGAUGUGGGCUUUCCAUACUCAUUUUUCUUCUACAUUUUUACUUUCGUUAUGACUAUCGCCAGCUUAAUUCUUAUCAUAAAGCAGGUUUAUGAUCACAUACGUGAAAAAGAUAGAAUCCAAGCAGAGAUGAAAGUAAAACAUGAUAGACUUCAGUUGGAAUAUGAAGCGGAAGUAGAGGCAUUCAAACGCUUCAGGCGAAAUUCGCAUCUAAGACCACACAGCGAAGAUAGGAGAUCCAGGGGUUCCCAUUCUCCGCGACAAUCUCGUGAAAUCAAGGAUAGAGACACACAUAUUGCAAGAUCAAAAGACAAUGGAAGAGACCCUUCUCCAAGACGUCCAGACCAUUACCCGAGAUCACGUGAUCAUUCACCAAGGCCACGGAAUCGCUCACCGCCCCGAGAGCACAGCUACAGAAACCAUUCACCAAGGCAUUCGCCAAGACCACGGAAUCGUUCACCGCAACGGGAAGAUCGUGGAAGUCACUCGUCACGGAAUCGUUCUCCGCCAAGACAGGAUCGCGGAAACCACUCACCGCGGAAUCGUUCUCCGAUGCUGGAGGACCGCGAAAGCCUCUCAUCACGAAAUCGCUCACCUCCGCGCCAAGACCCCGGAUAUCACUCGCCCCAAACAUCCGGGGAACAUGAUAAACCAGCUCUUGUCAUAACACCUCCAUUAGAAGAACAUUCUGAAAUAGGGAGUAAGUUUGAAGACACUUCAUGUCUUACACCUCUGGUUGAUAAGAACAAAGAGGUUAGGGUAGACGAAAAUGGUGCAAAAUCCGAAGAUAUUGAACUCAGUAUUUCAUAAAUAUAGAGUUCACUGUCCGCACGUGUAUUUAAAUUUGGUCUAAAAGCUGUUCCAAGCGUCCGACUAUUAAAGUAAGCAAUAGGUGAAACAAAUAUGUCAAUGUAAAAUUUACAUAUUUAUGCAUUAUGGCGUACAUAUAUCUUGCUUAUUUAAUAACUUAUAUAUGAACUAAAUAGUGUACUGGAGUAAAUAAAGUCAUGUUUGACCUCACGCGGGCUAGUGCAUGAACUAUAGCUACGCAGAAACAUGAGGAGACAGUCCGGGGAGAACUUUCUACAGAACCUAUAAGAAGGUCACCAGGUUGUGUUGGGUCUUUACCAUAUUUUGAGUAGUUUACAUGCUAGACUUAAGGACAUACAACAGUAAAUGCCAUCACGUGAUAAUGAAUGAUAGCCGAAAAGACGAUUUCAAAAGAAAUUGACGAUUUCUCGCUGUGGUGUUACGAAAACAUGUAACUUUUGUAAUUUUGUUUAAAACUGUUCAUUAAGUUAGUCAAAGCCAUUUGAAAUCAUACCUUUUUUGCUCGGUAAGCAGUAAUAUUAAGAAAACGUUGGAUAUACCGAGAUGACAAACAAUCUUGAUACCAGAGAGUAAAUGCAACAAAAGAAAAUUAAAAUAUUGUACCGACAAGGAUGAAAGUACUUAUAAUGACACUGCAUCUAGAACAAUAUUUGCGGAGGUUGAUAUACCAAGGAUAGACGGUAAUGAGAUGAAAGCCCUCUCAUGAACAGACUCAAACCGAUUCUGAUAUUAUUUUGCUUGAUUGCACUGAACUCUGCUUUAUAUACUUUCAAAUAGAUUUCAUGCUGCUUUAUAGAAAUGCAAUACAAUCCGCUGCUUGAAUAAACAUAUAUUUUCUAA